AUGGGCGACACAGCGCCGCGCGCCGACGCGGCGCAGCGUGCGCUCCGGCGGGUCGCCGAGCGGCGGCGGCCGCCGCCGGGCUCUCCGGCGGCGUGGGGGUGGGACGCGCGAGUCGAGGGGGCGGCGCGGGCGGCAGCGCUGGCGGCGGCGCUGUGCGCGCGCUACGCGUCCCCUGAGUACGUCUUCCAAGGCCCCGCCGUUCUUGUGCUGCCUGAGGGCAACCCCGAGGGCGCAGCCCUGCUGGAGGCGGCGCGCGACAACUGCUGCGGCCCGCUGAGCCUGCUGCCGCCGGCCGGGCUGGCGCACGGGGAGGGGCUCGCGAGCGCGGAGGGGCGGGCGGUGCUGGCGGGGGUGCUGUCUGAGGCACUGACAGAGCUGCUCAUGCUGGUGUGA